AGUGCAUUAUGGUGUGUCCUCUGGAUUCAUCCUCACAAAGAAUCUUUAGGCAACAGAAACAUAAUGGGGAAAAAAGACAAGCAGCCAGAGAAUACAUAGCCAUCUGCAAAACCCAGAACGACGGUUAUGAGACAAUUGUGAAUGAGAUCAUAGCACUGAACACUGGCGCGGUACCUCGGCAGCUCAGCACCGCGUCUGAGGCGAGUGAGAUUAGGCCUGACAACGCGCCACCACACGGGGAGGACCGUCAGAUCCUAUCCGAAGCGGGAGAGAGUCAAACUGAAAACAGAGGGUCACUCGCGUGUUUAAGACGGCUUGUCAACCGUUACCCACGUGACGCAGCAAACAGGGUUGGAGAGGGGCAACAGUUAGGACGGAAUCUGCUUGUGACAGCCCAGGUUCACGCUCCGGUGCUACGAUCUACUAAUAGGACACUGCAGGGUCGUGCGAGGAGUUUUGCUAACACUGUACCACCACCGUCGCAAGCAUUUGCUAAUGGUGUGGGUGUUAGGAGACAAGAAGCGUCAUCCAGUUCUCCACGAGUAGACCGGGAUGUGAUUGCUAGUGCUGUGCUGGUUCAGGCUCGGGCACAAAAGACUGCAAGACCCCGCAACCAUAGUGUGAUACCUAACAAUCCUGAGCGAAAACGUCCAAGACAAUCAACUGAAGACACAGUAAUCUGGAACGAACAUUUUGUUCAAGCAUGGGACGACUGUGAUAUGAACAACGUGUCUAAUGUGGAUCGUGAGGAGGCCUUAAAUCAACAGCCCCAGGCCGUUGAAAACGCUGCAGAUUCAGACGGGGGUGCAGACACGCUCCCUUCAAACCAGGAGGAAUACAAGAACCAACUGCAGAAUGAUGCAAACAAGGACAUUCUGAACCUUCUGAACACUGUUGUCAAGAACCAAAAAAGAAUUAUAGAUGACCACCAGAGGGCCCGGGAGGAGCAAGCACGUUUUAAUCAGACUGUGACAACAACGCUACAGAAACACGGGAUCAUCCUUAAACAAACAAUUGCGUUGCAAAAACGCCAUGAUGGCGGGCAUGAACAAACAGCCCACAAUCAGGAAAUGAUUGUGACUCUUUUAAAUGAACUUCUGGACCUGUUUAAAUAG